AUGCGUGUAUAAAUUAUUCUGAUUGUCAUUGCAGAAACAUGGCAAUAGAUAAAUCAUUAGAAGCAUCACUAAGUACUCACGAAGAUGCAGGACUUGAACCCGGCUCUGUAGCAGAUAAUGACCAUGGUCCGCAACAUAAUCAAGUGUCUCAUAAAGUUGCUGAUGUUGAAGAUGUAGUAUCGCAAAAUGACAUUGGUUGUGAUAAGGAAGACCCAGACACGAAGGAAGAUGACGGUCUACCUAUAGAUAGGGGCUGGGCUUGGGUGGUACUCGCUGGUACAGCCUUUUAUCUGAUUAUAUUUGGAGGAAUUAAGAAAAACUAUGGAAUCUUCUUUGUCGCAAUACAGGAAAGGUUCGGGUCUACGGCAUCCUUGACGUCAUUUUUGACCACCAUGCAAAAUCUUCUCAUGAGCUGUUCUGCACUAUUCAUAAUGACUGUAGGGAUGCAGUUCAUGUCAAACCGGACGUCAAUAAUGUACGGUUCGUUAGUUCUUACCGUAUCUCAUAUCAUCUCAGCUUAUGCUACAGACAUACGUAUGCUGUUUGCGUCUGUAGGAUUUCUAGAAGGUAUAGGAACCGCCUUGGUUCAUCCACCAAUCACGGCAACCCUUGGAGAAUAUUUCCAUAAAAGAAGAGGAUUAGCAAAUGGUUUAGCAUUCAGUGGUGCUAGUUUUGGCGGGCUAUUAUUUGCACCAAUCUAUUCAGCAUUGUUCACAGAUUAUGGAUAUGCGGGGACAUUUAUGAUAGUUGCUGGUUUAACAUUGAAUAUCCUCGUGACCAGUGCUUUAUUAAGACCAGUGAAAUCUUUUGAAAGAUAUAAUCAGAAAGAAGAAGAAAUAGAGUGUAAGAAUAAUCUUGUAAAUGGUAAAGCAAUUAUUAAUAACAGUAAAGAUGAGAAGUUGAUUUUAGACAAGAAUUUGUUAGGUCGUUCUAACAGUAUUGUUGUAGAGUCAGACAGAAAGAAAACUGACGAAUUAUUAACGCAGUUGGUAUUGGAGAAGGAAAAUGGACAUUUAGGUGUUAUACAAAACAGAGCAAUUUUACAACUUAAAGGAGACGAUGUAACUUCUGCUUUGAAAAUAUUUCGUAGUGAUUCAUACCAUCAAAAACUAGCUCCAGAUUCGGCUGCUGGGUCUCCGUUGUUACCACGUGACAGAGCUUGGUCUGUUGGGAACAGACGACCAAGGACAGUUUCUCAAAAUUCUCAUACUUCUCAUAAAGGGUUAUCGCCCUUGAAUAAUCUUGUAGAGUCACUGUCGCGGUCACGUGUGGCGUUAUAUUCAAGUGCUGACGGAAUUUGUGGAUCUGUUAUUGAUAUCCAAGAAAUUCGAAUUGAAGACUCCGCAGACGACAAAACCAAAAACGAAAAACCCAGUUUUAUUAAUAAGUUGAAAGCUUCUUUCGAUGUGAAAUUGUUCAAGACACCAUUAUUUCCAGUAUUUUUACUCAUGGCGGCUAUGCUUGCACCGGCCAGUGGUUUAAUUCCAUUGUUUAUAGCUCCUUUAGCCAAAGAUAUUGGUUUAAGUUCUGAUCAGACUGGAAUCUUGAUGUCAGUUGUAGGUGGUGUUGGAAUGUUCUCAAGAAUUAUGUGUGCCUUAUUUGCCGACAGAAAAUUUGUGAGAUUGAAUACACUUUUAGCUGUUGUUUCAAUACUGUCUGGGAUUAUAGCGCACUGUGCUAGAUUGUUCACGUCGUUUCCUUUGCUGGUGUUGAUGGCUGUGAUUAUUGGCUUGUGUGUGGAGAUAUAUCAGUCGAUGUACCCCGUUAUUCUCGUGGAGUUUUUAACUUUACCCAAGUUAAAGAGUUGUAUAGGAUUCACGUUAUUAUGUCACGGGCUAGCUGUUGCUGCUACCUUUCCUGUUGUUGGGUCGCUGAGAGAUUCCACCGGAAGUUAUUAUGCGUCAUACCAUUUCCUGGGAACCAUGUCAUUCGCUGGUGCCGCUUUUGCAUUGUCAUUGCCAUAUUUUCAUAGAAGACAGCAACAAACUCAUGUGUAACUUAUGACAUAGAGUUCAAUUCCAAAGGCGGCAAUGCAUAUGGUUUUCAGUUCAGCUACGCGCCUAGUAAUGACAUAGUUUAUGAUGUUUAAAAAUAGCCACCACAGUAUCAUAAUUAUGUAAAUAUUGGUAUAGGAAAGUAUUUCUAAGAACUGUGUAUAAAUAUUUUGGUAAAAAUAUGUACAGUUGAAAGUAACAAAUUACAAUUAACGCUGCGUUCCCAGUGCGGACUUGCGUAUCGUCUUCAGUUCAGCUACGCGCUGUAAUGACUUACUUUAUAUUUUACAAUGAUGCCCACCUCAGUUUCUUAUGUAGAUUUUUGUUUAAGAAUUCUUUAUAAAUAUUUUGAUAAAAAUAUGUACAUUUGAAAGUAACUGCUUUAAUUUUGUAAAUUUAUUGUUCAUGACAUUUUAUUUGUUAUAACUAUAUAUAUACAUUUUGGAAGGAU